ACUGGGAGGCCAUGCGAGUAUGCGGGAACUCCGAAGUCCAGGGUUAAAAGGCUAGAAGAAAAGAUACAAAACUUGGAGAGCGAGAUAGCUGCACUCAGAUCUAACCCAGCCCCACCUAUUCACGAUGCGGGGGGCACUGAAGUCUAUGAAAACUCACGGAUCCCUCGGCUGGCCAUUUUGUCUCAGCUUGAGAUGGUGCAGGAGCUCUAUAACACCAAGGCAUUCCACGUCCCCGAGAUCAUACCCAUAUUCCCUAUAUCAGGUCUUUUCUCCAAUGUUACCUUUGCAUCCGCAGAAGAGCUGCCAUUUUCUCACCCAGGAGAGGCUUACCCAAAAGUUAUUGCUCGCGUCGCGGUAGAACGCGCUCUAGCAAACUGGGACAUUCGGACAGAAAUGCCACACCAACUCAAAGAUUAUCUUCUUCGCAUCUUCCUGGCCCAUCGUUUCCAAUUCCAUUCUGGGCCGCUUGUUGCAAGGUUGCUCGAAGGCACACGUCCUUCUACCGA